UCUGUAUUUAUUUUUGUUUACUUUAAAACUGUAAACUAAUGUGUUUAUAGAAACACGGUAAGUUUUAACUUUUGUAAGUUUAUCGCAUAACGAUAUAUUAUUUUGAUUUCUGUUUUUACAUUUUGAAAGGUAAUUUUUUUUGUUAACUAUUAUAAAAAACAAAUAUACAAUAUGGCUCUUGCUAGUAUGCAAAGGAAAACCAACGUGAGUAAAAAUGUUCUGUUAAUCUUAGUUUUUAAUUUUCUGUAAGAAAAUUUUGAUUUUAUUAAUUUUUUAUCAGGUACGAUUGCCUCCAGAAAUAAAUAGAGUUCUUUAUAUUAGAAACCUACCAUAUAAAAUAACAGCGGAGGAAAUGUAUGAUAUUUUUGGAAAAUACGGUGCCAUUCGUCAAAUUAGAGUGUAAGUAUGUACUUAUUUAUUUUUAUUAACCUAACUGUUUAUUUUGUAUAUUGUGUUAUAAUAUUUUAGAAAAUCACUAUCUUCAAUUUUGUUCAAAACAAGAUAUGGUAGUAGUUUGUGUUAUCAAACAAUUUAUUCUUUAAAACUUCUUUUCUUAAGAAGUGUAUUUAAUAAAAUUAAUGAUUUAUAGUCUAUAGAAUUUAAAAGUAGAAUUCUUUGUUUUAAUGUUUUUGUAUUGAAUAAUGCUGUCAUUUUAUUUAAAACAACAUAAUAUUGAAUAUCAUUUUAUUUUUAUAGAGGAAACACACCUGAUACAAGAGGAACAGCAUUUGUUAUUUAUGAAGAUAUUUUCGAUGCAAAGAAUGCUUGCGAUCACUUGUCUGGAUUCAAUGUGUGCAAUCGAUACUUAGUUGUUUUAUACUAUCAGGUAUCAAUUACACUUAUUUUUAUUACCUACUUAUUAAAAUUAUCAAACUCAUUUUUUUAAUACAAUAUUUUACAUUUAUUGUUUAGUCAACAAAAGCAUUUAAAAAAUUGGAUACUGACAAGAAGAAAUCGGAAUUGGAAAAAGUUAAAAUGAAAUAUGGUUUGAAUGAAGACAGUUAAAAAUAGAACUUGAGUUUAAUUGUUAUAUCAUUUACAAAUUAUAGACAUACUAUAAACAUGUAUAUUGAUUAAACUUUACAAAAAUAAUGUAAAUAUUAAACAAUAAUUAAAUUUAAGCAUCAAUUUGAAUUUUUAAUUAUAAUUUUUGGUAUUUCAAAUUUAUAUUUAUCUAUUAUUAUGGAAAAUUCAACUAAUCAAAAUUAUAGUUGAAUUCUUGAGGGAAAAUAUUAUCUUAAUAUGAUAAAAAGUAUUUUAAACAAUUUUACAUGAGUAUGGGAAAGACCAUGCAUCCAAAUGUUAUCUACUGGUAUGGGGUUGCCACAUAUUAUUUUUAAUGCAAAACGUAUAUUCUGUUACUCAUCAUAAUAUAAAUUACAUUUUUUCACAAAGUAACACCUCUAUAAUUUGAAAACCAAUUUUUUUUGUUCAAUAGAUUUUUGUGUUACUAAAAUUUAUAUUAUUUUUCAUGUUUUAAAGGUUGAUAAAACUAAUAAGAGUUUAUAAAUAUAUUCUUCUGUG